AGUACACAAAUAUUUACCAAUUCGAUGAAAGUGUGAAAAAUUGUUGUAGAAAGGAAGGAAUUGGUUAAAAACGAUGACUCGAUCUUCUUCUGGAGCAAGAAUCAAUAUCGGAGCGAGUACCAAAAAACUCAAAGUCGAUAAUCGAAUCUUGCUCCGAUUUUACUACCGAAUUGUCGAUAAUAUUCUCAAGCAGGCUGACAUCUUUCGUGGAGAGCAAAACAUUGUAGAUCUGUACGUCAUGCUUCUUAGAUUUUCAAGUUUGAUUAUGGAUACAAUACCGCGCCAUCAAGAUUAUCGGGCAUCCCCACAGAGCGAUAAAGUUUAUCUUAAAAAGAAAUUAAUAAAUGCAAUAGCUGACCUUGUGGAACUGAAACCUGCUGUUCAAGUGAAAGUCCAGGAGUUACACAGUAGGAAACAACCUAGCGCUAACCAAAAUAAUGCUUUGGAAUCUUCUCUGGGAAGUCCUGUUGUCAAACAAGAAGGUUGGAAUACUUAUAGCAGAACUAAGACUAGUCCGCCUGUUGCUAGUGAAUUUGCAUAUCAAGGUCUGAAGACUCAGCAUCUCUCUCUUGUCAAACCAAUGGAACAGCAUCACCGCCGAAUGUCAGUAUAUCCAUGGAAAACCCUUCAUUCAUCAAGCACGAGGGAUAACGUAUAUUUUAAAACUGGGAACUUCGGAACUUCUGGGACUUUACCUAAUAAAUAUGUGAGACUAUUUCAUAAGAUCAUUAGCUCGGUUGCUUUUAUUAUGCGUGGGAACAUAUAUAUCUCAACAUCCGCAACCUUUAAGCAUACAGCAUACUGUUCUGGUUUUCAUGAUUUGCUGUACAAUCCAAUCAUCCACUCGAAUGUAUUGUGCUCUGAAGUUCUUGCUUUUAGCUACAUCAAAUCUCUUGCUAGGUUCAAAUUAUUGUCUCGCUUCACUCGUGUGAUUUAUGGGCAUUUCUUCACCAGAAAUUCUUUUAAAGCACUAAAAUAUCUCAACUUUACUUUAAGAAAGAGGCAUCAAGGAUCAUGGAGUAUCCCUCGCCCGAAGGAUAAAACUCUUGCUAGACAUUCUAUUUUAGGUCCAAUUGGGCUUUGUGGACAGUGGCAACCUCCUAGUAGUAAUUAUAAGGUAGAAUAUCCAAGCAAUUUAGACUUGACUCCUAUUCAAGCCCCAAGGGAUAGCUGUCUGGAGCAGCCUUGCCAUAAUGGUACUACGAUGAGAAAGGAUGAUGGCAACUUGGAGCGAGAAAGAUACACUUUGGAAUCCAUAGUUCUGCCAUCAAAAGAAAAUCAAACGUUUCAGACUCAAGAACCUGAUUCUCUAAUUUCUUUUGAAACCGAUGAAAGCCUUCCUCAAGAAGAAAUUGUUGCACAACCUAAACCACCUCCUGUCCUAGCAGAUAUACAGGAUCUGAUCGAUCUGGUCCCAAGAUCAACUCCAGCUACUGAAAGAGAAUGUGGGAUGGCAAAGUCUUCCAGUGAUGGUUUAAAUUGUUCUGAAGACCCCCUUCAAUUGCACAUAUCUACAGAACUGAAGGACUGCUUCAUGAAGCUACUAGCCAAGUCAAACACAGAUAAAAACUUAGAAACUUGUGGCGUUCUUGCAGGUUCCCUUAGAAACCGAACAUUUUCCAUUACAGCUCUUAUUAUUCCAAAGCAAGAAUCAACAUCAAAUUCAUGUCAGACCACAAAUGAGGAGGAAAUAUUUGAAGUACAGGAUAAGCAUCUUUUUCCAUUGGGCUGGAUUCAUACUCAUCCAACCCAAUCGUGUUUCAUGUCAUCGAUAGAUGUUCACACACAUUACUCGUAUCAGGUUAUGUUGCCGGAAUCUAUCGCCAUUGUCAUGGCCCCAAGAGACACUUCCAAUAAACAUGGUAUAUUCCGAUUGACUCCAGGUGGCACGACAGUCGUGAGGCUAUGCCCAAAACGCGGGUUUCAUCCACACAAACCUCCUUCCGAUGGUAGUCCAAUAUACAAUCAUUGUACAGAUGUUUAUAUGAAUCCUACCUUGAAGGUUGACAUCAUUGAUCUACGGUGAUCUCAAUUACACAUACAGAUUUAUUUGCAAGCUUAUUUGCUUAUUCAUGACAUGAAUAUGAUUUUUAUCUCUGCCUUGUACUUGAACAAUGAGAAGUUUCACAGGAAAUAAAAGAAAAUUGUACCGUGAGAUGACAAUUCUUGUUCAUGGAUAAAGGAAAAGAUCUGAAUGGAUAUGAUUGUAUUGUUUGUACCAGUUAACUUUUCUCUAUUGCAAUUAUUUUUGCUGUUGUUUUGGCCA